GAUACCACCUGGGAAAUCACACGCUCCUAGUCCAAGUCACACAGUUCUCAGUUUCAAGACAGGGCCACCUUCCCUCAAGUUCAUCAUGCUGAAGUUUAUCACAAUCGCUGCAGUUUUUGCAGUAUGCUACAGCCAGACCUCGGCGCCCAUCAGGACCAUAUGCAGAGCUAUCAAUCACACUGACUGUUCUAUAUUUGCCCAUCAUCCCGAGUGUGGCAGCGACGGGAAAACCUAUGACAACAGGUGUCUGUUCUCGAAGGCCCACUGUCAGGACCUCACUCUUCAGGCUGUGCAUAAUGGGACAUGUACCCCAACUUCCGGUACAACCGGAACAUCCGGUUCCACUGCCAUAUACCAGUUCUUCUGUACCCAGAUGGCAACCAAACACUGCGGGCAUGACGUGGAAAACUUGUGUGGUUCAGACAAAGUAGACUACAUGAACUUCUGUCUUUUUGAGAAGGCCCGCUGUACGAGACCGGAUCUGUACGUAGCCUCAUACACAAAGUGUGCUUGAGUGUCUGGAUUACAAUUUACGUGUCAAUCUUAAAGAAAUAAACAGUUUUUAGCCAUUA